AACACAAUUGCGAGAGAUAAACAAACAAGGCACGGAAGAAGAAAAGAAAAAUGCAAUACGCCUCGAAAGUCAAUUUAACCUACCCAUGGAAAUUCGUCUUCGCAUGGUUAUGGACUUCGCCUCCGCUGAAACCGGGAUCAAUCGACAAUUUAUGGUUGAAUACAGGUUGGUUGCAUUGGCAAUAAUGUUCAAAAAAAGACCCAAACGAGAUUAUAGACUCCAUGAACAACCGAGUGUUGAAGAAGAAACAUCAGCAAUACCAACGAAAAGGACGAAAUUAGAUGAAAAAUUUAACGCAACGAAGUCUUCCUCUGAGCUUCUUCCCUCUACGAACGUACAACAAACAUCCAAUAUUCCCAAUUCUAAUGAUGUGAAAACUAAAGAGCUUGAGGCCGAUGAAGAAAUUAAAUUUGAUCUAGUGAACGUUUCAAUGGAACUAAAUCGCGAACCAACAGUUAAAUGGGAAGUUGGCUGUAUUAGAUUUUGGCAAUAUCAGAAAGAUGUUUUCCAGAAGGUGAGCUUUGUCAUCAAUUAUGGUGCUCUGUUGGCCAUGUCCGUACCCCAUCGAACACCGCUUCCACCGGAGAUUUCAUCUUCUCUCCGUGAUACAGCUAGUAAACAAUUGGUUGGCGGUGAUGUUUUCAUGGAUUGCGGAAACGCGGGGUUGAAUAGGAUGAUUGCACUCAUGUUUAACGACCUAUAUUAUAAUAUCCCAGAGGUUGUUCCGUCGAAGUUGUCCGAGGAAGAGCACUGUGAUAUGUUCAUUUAUCCAAUUACUCGUUCGUUUCGUGGAUCCGAAAAAGAAUAUGAACUUCGACUAAAUCGUGCCAAUGCAGGCUCAAAGACGAGACCGGAUCUUUCUUGUAUAGUGAAUGAUGUACCAAUCUUAAAUCCAGAUUUUAAGCCACUGGAUUGCACACCAUUACAACGGAAAAGGAUAGAUUGA